GAGGAGGGGGACAGGUGAGGUCAGGUGUUCAGACUGGAACAGUCAGGUGAUAAAGCUACUGUCAUAUGGACAGGAAGAACAACAUCAUUUGAUCCAAGAGGAUCACUGAACACUGACUGGAUAUAUUCACUUAUAUUUCUACAUCCACCUGCUUGGCUUGAAGCUCCACCUGUAAUCAGACUCAACCCCCUUCAGCUGGGACCAUCGCUUUGUAACCAUGACCACCAGGUGAUAAGCUCACCUGGCUGCAGAGGGGAAGUUUUCUUCAACAAAGAGAGAAACAGUUCUGUUUUCUGUUCCUGAUUCAACAUGAAAACUGUUGCUUUCAUUAUCAGGUGAGUAGAAUUUACCGUCUCACCUGCACAGGUAAAACAAACGUCUCACCUGGACAACUAAAAAAUGCUUUUUUUCCUAGGCUCGUCUUUCUCUGCUACAAGUUCACAGAGGGAACAACAGCCGCAGGUCACCUGGAAGGUAAACUGGUUUCUUAACAGUCUCUGCUGGUAAUCUUAAGGUUCUUAAUACAAACCACAGACACUGAAACCUGACUCGAGUUCCUUGGUUUCCUCUGACCUGCUGAAUGAUACUCAUGUCCUGUCAGGAUUCGUGGAGGCUGAUGUUCAGUCGGAGUGUCGGGACCGUUACCUGUGGAUCCAGGUGGCCUCGGUACAAACGCCUCGCUUCGAGGCCGUAGGUCGGUUCUUCCUGUUAUGAUGAUCAAACUUCAGGCUGCCUGUAAUGGUUUGGUGUAGCACAGAUAACACUGUAACGUCCUGGUGUAGAUGGAAAUGGAGUCCACUCCAUCAGUGAGCAGCUCGCCUCGCGUUGUGGUUACACCAUCAGCACCUUCAAGAUGGACGGCUUCACCACCUUCAGAGCUUCAUACUACUCCUGCUUCACCCACAACCAGGUAACUUCACCUGACCCACAACCAGGUAGCUCCACUUUGUUAUUUCUGGUCAUCCCAAAGACUGACUGCAGCUGUUCUGAGGCUUUGUGUAUGUGUUUUUUCCAGAAUGACGAGGUGUUCACCUUCAGAUUUAAUGUGAUUGUGAGCGGUGGGGGUGGGUGGAUCAGCCGACCUGUCUCUGCAGUCUGUUCUGGUCUGAUCUGGACCCACAGAGAGAUUAUCUGUGAGGAAGACUACAUGGAGGUCAGAAUACCUUCCACCACUUGAGGUUGUGUCUAAAAUGGGAAACCUGAUCGACAUGUCAGACUGACUGUGUUUUAAAUGUGGUGCCAUGGUGUUGAACAGGUGAAUGUGAACAGAGAGUUUUCAUGUGGAGGUCAACGGGGGGAGGGCGGACAGGUGUGGCAGGCGGUGUUGUCUCAGGUAAGAUCACACCAAUGCAUAUUGAAGUAAACAUCAACUGAGGACAGGAGCACACUGUGGUUUUUAUGAUAUUUCUACCUGUGCCGGUCAGACUAAUGUUAUCUGUAAGCACCAAGCUACCGAAACAAAACCCAGGCUGGAAUCUGAAUGCUUGGUAUCUAAAGUUUUGCCGGUGUGUUUGGUUGGUGGUGUUCAGGCUCAGAAGACGGCAGGUACGGCCUGGCAGCUGAUGUUCCUGCAGAGUGAUGGACAGGUGUCCUCCAUGUCCAUUAGUGAGGCCCAGACACAGGGCUACAGCCUGACCACCACCACCCAGAGGAUGGUGCUUCGAUCCCAGUACAAACAGCUGCACGCCAAGGUCAUAAUGGUGGGUAGCUAUAUUAGCAGACACCAGUCACAGUUUUAGAACCCUCCCUGGUGGUGUGUCAAUUACACUUCAAGGCUUUUGUCAUUUGCAUCGUGACAGGUUUAUUGUCAUCGUCUGCAAGGCUGCAUUAUGAAACUCUCUGUGGAGAUUAAUUCAAGUUUUUUUUUUUUUUUUUUUUUUUUUUUUUUUACAAUAUAAUCCUCUUCAAAGUAUAUUUCUGAAUGGUUCUUAACAGUACUCCAAUUGAGAACCCUCAUAUUGUAGGUCUGUCUAACUAUCAUAAUGUAUAACAGAAAAGUUCAAAAUAUUAUUAUAUUCUGUUCAUGUGUCAAUACACAUGUCGUCAAAAAAGAGUCUAUACCAUCCCAAGACAAGUUCUAUGAAGUACACAGGAAGCCUAUGUGAGGCCCUUUGUGGACUGAUUUACAGAUUCUGACAGUUCUUGGCACUUUGAGAAUUUCAAUUUAGUCCACAUGUCUGCAAGUUAUUGAGAGGGUCACCUGGGUUGUUGUUUUUGUUGUUGUUUACAGUAAUAUUCAGAACAAACUUAUUAACAUCUAAAUAAGUCACUGAUUUAUUGCUAACUCUCACCCUGGAGAGUGAGCAUUUAAUUUCCCCAUCUGUCAUGCGUGUCUGGAAGUCAUAAUGAAAUGUUAUCGUCAGGUGGAUGGUGUCCCUGUGGAGGUCGUCCAAGUUUCCCUGCUCUUCAAGAGAAAGCGGAUGGUGGCGAUGAUCGACAUGUCCAUGGCCUGCACAGUCAAUUCAGGUUCUUUUGACGGUGCCUGGCUGCUCUGGGAUGUCCCCUGGAUCAUGAACCCUCUGGUUGAAGAGGCUGUGAGAUUUGAGAGUCAGAACCUCAGUGUUGGGGUGGAAGGUGUACUGCUGGACGAACCCACCGCCACCACCAGAGGAUUCAGUCUGGUCCAACAAGGAAGACUAGUCCAGAUCAGGGUUCCUUUAGGGGCAGAGGGUGGCUACCGGAAGGUACAGUCCUUCUUCAGACAGGAAGUUUUGACAAAGAUGUUGUUUUAUUCCAAGUGACAUGUAUAUGCAAAGUGAGGACUGAAGUCAGUGUAAAGUCUGCAUCUAGCUGUCAGUUUCUUCUUCCUGCAGAGUUUUGUGGUGAACAACAUGUACAAGGAGUUGUACGUGAUCUUCCUACUGUAUGAACACGUCUUCUCUCUGCUGCAUGAAGACAGCAGCAGCAUCAACACCAGACACCGAAUGCUCAGAGUGCUCGACACGCCGCCGCUGUGCCGUCCACCCUUCAGUCUCGACCGUAAGUCUCUCAGUUCACUGACUGUUUACAGAGCAAUAAAGGUCAUGGGCUGCUUCUAACCAACACAUCAUACAAAACAGUUGCAAUGUUUCUGUUGUGAAGGACCAGUCAUCCUACUCCCUGAUCUCUCUCUACAACUUAUAAAUGAAUGAUGAUGUAUUCAAAUGUCUUAUCUGCCAGUGUUCUGUAUCAGAAUCUUUCUCAUUCUGUCCGGAAACAUUUUCUGACUUGUGUUUACUCCUGUAGAGACCAUCAGUGAUGACCAGGUGUUCAGCAUCUACCUGGGAAACAUUCCUGCUGAUGUCAUUUUAGAGGAAGUGUGGAUCAACAGGAAGCAGCUGAUGAUGGCAGAGAGUGUUGAACGAGCCAUUAGCAUCAGUCCUGUUGUUCACGUUAAUGGCAGCCGAGCCUAUGAGCUCCGACUGCCCUUCGAGGACGCCGCUGUCCACUGGAUGGUGAGGACUCCACAGAACGAGGACCACCUGCUGGCCUGUUUGUGGUAGUUGUGGUUACUGUUGUAUUUCUUGUAGUGACUGAGAAGACGAUAUAUUUCUUCACCAAAACUUAAUAUAAAUGUUAUUAGAAGUGUGUUCUGCUGUGACCUCUCUGACACCUGUGUUCUCCAACAGUACCUGGGUGGAGGAGUAGUGCAGUACUCCAUAGAUAUAAACUUCACUUUAACCAUCAUGCCCCAGGGAGACUCCUACUACCACCACACAUUAAUCACAGCACAAGUAUUCAACGCAUGUACGUACAUUGUUUCCUGGUCUUUGCUGCUUAGAAAUAAGUUUCACCCUUCAGUCAGACUACAACAUGUAAAACCAUCAGUACGAUCUAGUUUGAAAUUUUGACUUUCUUGAAGUCCCUCCUGAGAUCACAGCUCAGUGUUCAGACAGAGGAAUCACCUUCAGCCUGGUCCGACCGCCUCGAGCCGAGAGUCUCUGGGAGGUGGGUGUCGACCACGAGCCUCUGACAUCGCAGCUAGCGGCUCAGAGAGGGUACCGCCUUCACCAUGACACCCACAAAACCAACCUAGAAGUCCCUGUGUUCUCCAUCGGAUACACAUACGAAGUAAGUCCACAAAGCAUGAUGGCCCACUACAGACAGGUAGUCCGGAAAUCACCGCCACCGGAAUUUUCAAUGCAAUUCAAGGGAUUUGAAUUUCAAUGUUAAUGUAAAUAUAGCUGUGCUCCUUUUAAUCAUUUCAAUAUGUUGGAUGUUUUAUAAACUAAACAUUUUAUCAGAAUGUAAAACUAAACUAAUCAACAAUGAAAAUGUUGAGUGUUGCAGCCCUAUAGCCAACACUCGCGCUUUUUUUUUUUUUUUUCUUUUCUUUUUCUCCUUCUCUCUAGGGGAUCAACCUGUCAGAUUUUUAUGGAACAUUUAAGCUUCUUCUGAGAGACUCCAAAACUCUGGAGGUCCAGACCUCCACCUCAAAACGCUGCCUCUUCAAAACAGAGGACAUGAUAGUCUGUUCUGCAGACGGGACCAUGACGGUGGUAAUGACUCCAACAGCCACCUGGCCCACAGUGCGCCCUGAAAGAACCAGUUUACUGGACCGCACAUGUGGACCCAAACAGGCUGACAGAUCCAGAGUCCUGUUUGAGUUCAAGGUGGAUUCCUGUGGCACGAGAGCGAUGGUUGGGGAGUCGUACAUGGUUUAUGAGAACGAGAUCCUCCAUGACAGACAGCUGAUCGCAGAUGGACCAAACUUGAUCACCAGGGAAUCUCAGUUCAAGUUGACUGUUAGGUGCUUCUAUCCACUGAGUGGAGUCAACAGACUUACUGUGGACAGGACCUUCAGAUCAGAGACUCCUGGGUAUGGUUCAGUCAAAGUCUUUGAGAGCCUUGAAGAUUCAGCAAGUAAAGUCCCUGCUCAUGAGUGCUCGCAUCAGGUUUCUAGAAAUGCCAUCAAUACCCCAACUAACCACAUCCACCAAACCCACCAAAUCCCUUCAGCAGGUGGAGUCUUCUCUCACCCUGGCAUCCGGCCUCGGCCCAAACCUGGACCCAGCCGCUUCAUUACAGUACCAGGGCGACACAACAAGCUGGCAUCCUCCUCCCACGACCAACAAACUUUUUCAAUCCUGAAUCUUUCUGCUGAACCUCAAACUGUUAGUACCCACCAAGUCCCUCAGCAGGUUUCAUCUCUCUCUGGUCCUCUCAUGUCCCUGGCAGAGGACCAAAAUUUAUUAAGAUAUAACCAGUUGCAAGACGGCAUUAAGCUUUCAAACCUCAACACACCAAGCCUGGACUUUGUAGAAGAGAGAGGUGAACAUUCAGGAUCAAGAGAUGACAUCCCUGCCUUGGUCUUGGAUUCUUUUAGCAGGACUCCUGGUCCUGUGGUUGCUGAACAAUUGGAAAGUAGUUGGGGGAGCUCGGGCCAAACUGUGACACUUCCAAGUCUGAACACUUUAAAUACCCAGCACUCUGGCCAGAUAUUGUACCAGUCUACUCUUGGCCAAAAUGGAAUCGUUAAGCUAAAUCAAGACGUGCAGAAUCUGAAAGUCGAUCUUAGUCUUGACAUACAAGAGCUGAACCAGCAACAUGAGACUAAGCAACCUUUGAACUCUCAGGGGUCUUUUGGUGGUGCAAUGGUAAACAUGGAGGAGAGGCCUGUCUACCAGCCUCAAAGUCAGUAUGAUCCUUCUCAAGCCUCCCAACUUCGCCCAGUCCUUCAACCACCAGCUCAGUACAGCCCAGACCACAUCAGCACAAUCAGUGGCAAACUACACCUGCCCAGCAGAGACAAGAAAGAUGUUCCUACUGAUACCAAACACAAAAAUACUGUCACUGACUCGUCUGAAGAAACUCUGGAAUCUGUCAGCAAUGAAGCAGCAUCUACUGCAACCAGCUGGGUUGACCAAAAGCUGAAAAGAACUGGGUCCAUUGAAAGGAGGAACAUUGAGACGGUUCAGUCUGGAGUACAGAACAUCAGAGUCAAACCUCUGAGCAAAUUAGUGUCUUCUGGACAUCAGACAAACCAGAAACCUGUUGUCAAACAAGAAAACUCACAAAUCUCUAAUCCGUCCCAGUAUGGCACUGGUAUGACAGCUGUCAGCAGUGAUGGGAACCACUGGACCUCCCUACAGCUUCAAGACCACAAAAGUUCAAACACAAGACAGGAACAAACAGGCUUUCAAAAACUAAAGCAGGGACAAGGUGUUCACAGUGUCCGAGUCAAACUGCAUCAGUCUGCAGUGAUCCAGCUCACUGAUCUAUCCCCAAACCAGCAGGGACAUCAGCAGAAACUGGUCCAGUCCAUGGCUGAGAUGGGAAACAGUGGGGGACAGGAAUCUCUAGGAAACAUCUCUCAACCAACAGGUGCGUCUCACAUGCAUCUCCAGGUUGAUGACCAGUCCAGAGUGCAGAACCUCCAGAACCCUGACUUUGUCAUCAGAGGAGGAACCAGCAGGACGACCGAUCUCAGAGAAGAUAAACCAACUGAUCCCAUCACAUCGAGUCAUGAGGGCCUGAAUCCCACUGCAGGAGGAGCUGGGUUUACUGGUUCUCACACAAGUCUUAAUGGUUCUGGUGCUCCAGGUUCAGGCCUGAAGAUCCACAGCAGGUCAGACUGUGGCAGUCAGUAUGGAUCCAGUGUUCACCAAGGCAUCAUGAGAGGUAACACCUUCAACAUUCAGAUCUCUGUUCAUGAUAAUGAACUUUGCUCAGGUCAGAAACAGAGGGACCAACAGACUCAAGUCUGGUUUAGAAACUUGGUAGCCAGAAAAUGUUUGACUAUUUUGGAGAAAAAUAAAACCCUUUUUUUCAUUGUUUUCAAAAAUGUUCAGACUGAGACGGGUCAAGAUUAAACUUGUUGUACUGUACAAAUUGUUUCUUUCAUAGCACUUAGCAAACAUUUACACUGGUCCCACUGAUGAACAAAACAUUUCAAAAUGAAAAUAGAUAGAUAAAAUGCUGUCUUAUUUCUGAGGGUGUAACUGUUGUUUGUCUUUUCCUUUCAGGUAAACAGUUUAGCUGAUGAAGACCAGAAACAAACAGCUUCUGUCUGCAGUUUGAUUCAAUAAAGGUUCAGUUUGUUCAUUCA